AUGAACGCAUCCUUCUGCCUGGCCCGAACCGCCGCCCUGCGCCACAGCUGGUGCGCGCUUCGGCCGUCGUGGUCGGCGCCGAGACUGGUGGCCGCCUACCACUCCUACUCGCUUCCGACUGGCACCGCCUCGUCCUCGCCUCGCAGCGCCGACAUCCACGAGACACCCAUAGCACAGCCAGAAACCCUACCGAGGGUACACGAGACGCGCCCGCCGACCCCACCAUCACGACCGAGCGAGAUCCCCGAGCAGCAGCAGGGGGCCGCCUCUGCGGCGGCGCAUCCCGUCGCGGCCAAACCCGCCGCACCGCCCAAGAAUUCACAGCCCGAGGACGUCAGUGCCGCCGCCUCGAUUACUGAAAGCGCGAGCGCAAGCACGAGUCCGACUACCCCCAGCAAUGGCACAAACACGAGUAUGAGCACUAGCACAACACCACAGCCGUCGGCGAAGGCCCCAAAGGCGGCGCGGCCGCGACCCAAGCUGCGGGCUCGCAAGGCUGCCAUGAAGCUGACGCCAGCGGCCGUGGAGCAGCUGCGCAUGAUGCUGGACCAGCCGGACCCGAAGCUCAUCAAGGUCGGGGUGCGCAACCGCGGCUGCAGCGGGCUGGCGUACCACCUUGAGUAUGUGGACAAGCCGGGCGCCUUUGACGAGACGGUCGAGCAGGACGGCGUCAAGGUGCUCAUCGACAGCAAGGCCCUUUUCAGUAUCAUCGGCAGCGAAAUGGACUGGGCUGAGGACAAGCUCAACCAGCGCUUCGUUUUCAAAAACCCUAACAUAAAGGAUCAAUGCGGUUGCGGCGAAUCGUUCAUGGUAUGA